AUGCGCUUGACCUCGCUUCUGAUUACCGCGCUGCUCUCGCGACAGAGCAUUGCACUUGCUCACAAGACGACUGGACCUUAUGACGACCUCGGCUCAUUUCAGGAUCCAGCACCUCGCGCGCGUCCUCGUUUCCGCUACUGGCUGCCGGAUGCCAGUGCUGGUGGUGUUGAGUUCCUCCCAUUCUACGCUUAUGGCUCCGAGGUACCAGGAGCGGAUUGGGUGACUUACGGCUUCGGCACCCCAGCGUACCUCAAAAUGUUCAAAGCUGCUCUCCAGGCCCACAAAGAGGCCGGCCUUACCAUGGAUUUUCCCCUUGGUCCUAACCAGGGUCAGGGAGUGCCUGCACGGUGUGAUGAUGAAGGGCUUCAGUGGGAUUUGUUGCUAUCCCCCCGAACGGAACUUAUGACGGCAGGCUUCCAGGCUGGGAUACAGGAGAUUUGGGUGGCACUUGUUACGGCUCAGGUCCUUUCUGCUCGGAACAUCACGAGCCAGACCGUUCCGACUCUCUACACUGUGGCAGUGGAGGAUCAUAUGCAAUACGUGCUCAAGAAUGCAACACUACAGGCCUGGACAGACAAUAUAUCAUUGGAAGGCACCGUUCAUCUGAAGCUCCCUUCGUCUCACGGCGAAACCUAUCUGCUUUUUGCAUUCUACCAGUACCUGACACACACCCAAAAUCUCCCAGUCAACUCAAACAAGACCGGGACAAUCUUUGACAAUGGUUCCUACAUUGUGGACCACUUCAGUGCGAAGGGAGCACAGGUAGUCACCAAAUUCUGGGAUGACUACUUGCUCGAGGACGCUGAGGUCAAGGAGCUUCUGUCAGAGGUUGGUAACUAUGGCUGGGAGGACAGUAUUGAGGCGACUUCGAACAUAUCCUGGACGCCAUCACUGCCGAAAGUCUUUUACGACAAGUAUGGCUAUGACUUGAAGCGUUUCCUACCACUGUUCAUGUUUGGCAAUAACAACAUUGGCAUUCAGAAUGCUGCACCAGGCUCGGUAGAGUGCCUGCUAGACACUCCGGACCAAGGAAAGGGAUAUGUGAAUGACUUCCGUAGUGCUCUGAUGGAGGGAUACCGAGCCUACGUGGAGCAUUACACAAACUGGACCAACGCGAUGAACCUACAAUAUUCAUCUCAGGUUGCCUACAACCUACCUAUCGAUGUCUUGGCUAGUGUCCCGGAUGUCAAUGCACCAGAGUGCGAGAGCUUGCAGCACCAAAACAAUGUUGACAGAAAGAAAGUCAUCUCCAACGAGCUGGGCGCUGUCGUAACCGAAGCAUAUAGCCAUACGAUCACAGAGCUUCUGUGGCAGGUCAAUCGAGCGGCUGCAGGUGGCGUCAAUCAGGUCGUGUUGCAUGGGCAAUCCUACUCUGGAAACUACUACAAUACGUCAUGGCCAGGCUAUACAGCGUUUUACUAUCUGUUUUCGGACUCAUACUCCGAGAAGCAGCCAUACUGGAACCACGGAUUCUCGGAAGCCUUGAACCACAUUGCGAGGUUACAAUAUUCUCAGCGCAAGGGUAUCCCCAAAGUUGACUUGGUCGUUUACAGCAAGGACUCCGCAUCUGAUCCGUAUUUGGGCACUGCCUAUAACCAGACUGAUCUGAUCGGAAAUGGGUACACCUAUGUCUACUUGUCACCCGAGAACUUCGCCUUGCCUCAGGCUUAUGUCAAGAAUGGAUCACUGACACCGGAUGGCCCCGAGUUUCGCGCCAUGGUUGUCCCAGGGUCGAGUAACCUCACUCUUGGUGCGAUCAGCUAUAUCAAGGAUUAUGCCCGUGCAGGCCUUCCGGUGAUCUUAUCAGGUGGACUGCCCAACAUCUACUUCACAGAAGAUGGGACUGAGACUACCGCUCGGGCAGAGCUGGCCUCUUUGCAGACUACCCAGAAUGUCUAUCCAGUCGCUGCUGGUCAAGCAGCUAGCAAGCUUUCAGCUUUGGGCAUCUCGCCCAGGGUCAAAGUGCAGGCAGAUGGGACCUGGUAUUCGACCUGGAGAUCCGACAACGACGGCACAGAGUAUCUUUUCAUCCUCUCGGACCUGGUCAAGUCUGCUGGCACGGUAAGUGUCGCAACCACGAAACAGCAUUACUCACUAGAUCCCUGGACUGGCGAAGAGAGGCCGGUUCUGGCAUAUCAGCAGGAAUUUGGACGCACAGUGAUCCCUUUCUCUUUUGCUGCAAACCAGACCGCCAUACUGGUCUUCAGGGAUACCACGACGUCUGCGACGUCACUCUGUACCACCGAUAUUCCCGCCUCAAUCACCGGGCAUGACUCACUAACCGCACCAUCGCCCCAAGUAUCACUUUCUGACUGGACUCUCACCGUCGAGCAUUGGGACCACCCUCUCAAUAUCAGCGAUGCUUCCACCAUUGCGCUCAAACACAAUACCACGCACAGGCUCACUUCUCUCGUCUCCUGGCGCGACAUUCCCGCCAUCGCCAACGCCUCUGGAAUAGGCUACUACACCCACGGCCUGGUCUGGUCGCCUUCAGCGUCUGCCUCAGGCGCAUACCUCCUUCUACCCAAAGCCACCAACGGGGCGAACGGACACCGCGUUCCGCCCUUCGACUACCAGGCCCCGAAGAUCAACAUCAGUCCGUACCUUCAUGCCGGCACCAACGAGAUCACCGUAGAGGUUCCGUCCGUGAUGUGGAACUAUCUCCGCUCCAUUUUUGCUGAGCUCUGGACAGGCGGCGUUCACCCGACGGAUGUCUUCAGAGCCUAUGAAGGCUUGCCCGGAACAGUGGACAACGGGCUUAUCGGAGAGGCAACGGUUGUGCCAUAUGUAGAUGUGCAUGUAGGAUGAAGAUCAUCCAACCAUAGUUCAGAAUCCCCGGCCAGAAGAUAGCAGACAAAUCAGAGCGACCCUAAAAGCAAUGCGAUCGUCGGGUGGGAAUCGACGAAGACACAGUAGAAGACGACAAUUCCCCACGUGUGGUC